CACUUUCAAGUCAAACUGAUUUUUGAGUGAUGUGACUUCUCGGCGAUUUUGUCAAUUUUUGAAAUUUACUAAAAAAAGGGGGGAAAAUGGAUAUCUCUACUAGGCAAUUGAGCAUAAAAAAGCCGAAGGCAGGACGAAAAACCAUAAUAGCUUUCACACAUGAAGAAGAAGAGAUUGAGACCAAUGAACCAAACCAGGUUUAUACGUUCUCUAGUUCUCCAAGGGCUCUGUACACCAACAGAAAAUUGAUAGCAGGACAGGAAGUUCAAAUGCCCUAUGCCAAUCUUAUGUUUGAAAGACGGGUUGUCAGAGGCAGUAACUAUGCACAACCCGCUAUGCCUCAUCUCGGUGAUGGUGAGUCAGCCGCAGCUAGAGCAGCUGUGGCUAGACGAAGAGCCAUGGCUAGGAAAAAAGCAAGGACUCAAACUGUUAAAGCUGCGGAGCUACGUUUGGGAUCGCCUCCAGCCAUAAAGGGUCGCAGACAUGAACCCGUUCAAACAGACCAGUACUUGGAAGAAAUUUUCAUCACUCCACCAGUCAAUGAGAUGUGCACUCAAACCGAACUCUUCUUAGACAGACCCGUAUCGCCGUUCUAUGUUCCUGCCAAAACAGGAGUUGAUGCAGAGACCCAGAUCUAUCCAGGAGAUCUUUUCGAUUUCGACAUGGAAGUCCAGCCAAUACUGGAGGUUCUGGUUGGAAAGACCGUGGAACAAGCUCUGAUCGAGGUGUUGGAAGAAGAGGAGCUGGCAUCUCUGAAAGAACAACAAAGAAGGUUCUUGGAACUCAGGGCUGCAGAGGCUUGUGAGGCACAACGGCUGAUAGAGAAAGAAAGAAGAUUGCAGAGGGAGAAAGAGAGGAGAAUCAAAGAUUAUGCGGAAGGAAUAAAGGUCCAAAAAGAAAUGGAAGAGAGGAUUGCGGCUUCAGUUUUGAUGCAAGGCUAUCUUGCAGACCUUCUACCUUCGGUAUUAGAAGGUUUGGAGUCUGAAGGUGUACUGCUUGAUAACAUCAAACAAGACAUUGAUAACACAUUCAUGCCAUGGCUCAUGAAAGAAGUUACCACUGAAUUAGAAGACAUUGUCAGCAGCAGAGAUGUUCUUUCGGAUAUCGUCAGAGAUAUCCUAGAGAAUAAGGCCGAAAUAUACAACGCAAUAUAUAGCAUGUUCGAUUUGGAAGAGCCAACUGAUGAAGCAGGGCCUGAUUACAACACUCAAGAAUUGACCAAACUGAUUUACGAUGAACACACCAAAAAUGAACCCCCUGAUACUGUAGUGAGAAUAUCGGACGAAGUGAAGAAAGAAAACUGAGAUCUACAGCAUAUCUUUAUACCAUAUUUUUUCAUAUUGAAUAUGUUGUUAUGAUACAUAUAUUUUAUAGAGAG